UAUUAAAUUUAUGAGAUUGAUUUGAUAAUUUUUUUUUCUCAUAUGGUUUGUGUAACGUAAUUCGAAAUAUCAAUAUCAACUCAAAAAUUCGAUAAAGAAGGUUUUUGAGUAGAUAACAAAUUAUUUAGUAGAAAAAAAACUAGGUUUCAAUAUGAGUUGCAACUUGUUAAAAAAGUUCGGGCUUGCUAUUUGUGGUGUAGGUCGAGCUGGAACAAUUCAUACUAAAAACUGUUAUCGGAAUCCUAGAGUUCAAAUAAAAUACUUUGUUGAAAUUGAUACUACAAAAGCUGAACAAUUAAAAAAUUCAUUAGGACUAGAGAGCACAAAAGUUGUUAGCGUUGAUCAAAUAGAUAAAGUCCUUAGCGAUGAAUCUGUUGAUGGCGUCAUUAUUGCCUCAAUAACAAGUACUCAUCAAGAAUUAAUUUUUAAAUGUAUCCAAGCAAAAAAGCCAGUGUUUUGUGAAAAACCAAUUGCAUUACAACUGCAAGAUAUAGCUAUUUGCUAUGAAACGGCGGCCAAGGAAAAGGUGCCCUUAUUCUGCGCGUUCAACCGUCGUUUUGAUACGUCUCAUGCACGUGUUUGCAAAGCUGCCCAGUUAGGAGAAAUUGGUAAAAUACAUAUGGUGCGAUGUAUUAGUCGAAAUUCGCCUCUGCCUAGUGAUGAUUUUCUUAAACAAUCGGGGGGCAUUUUUCACGACUGUGCUGUACAUGAUAUAGAUAUGAUUACAUGGAUAUUGGGUGAAUAUCCUAUAUCUGUUUUUACAUACGCGCAUGCAUUCCGUCAAAGUAUACUAGAAAUGGGAGAUGUUGACACUGUUUCCAUAACAAUGAAAUUUGCAUCUGGUUGCUUAGCUCAAAUUGAUAUCAGUCGGUUUGCAGCGUAUGGUUAUGAUCAACGGAUUGAGGUCUUUGGAGAACUAGGCAUGUUAGAGAGUGUGAACCAACAUAAAACAUCUACAAUCAAAUCAACAAAAGAUCAUAUAUCUCGAGAUCUGUUAUUACAAUCAUUUCCACAGCGUAACGCAGAAGGUUACGUUAACGAGCUUGAACAUUUUUUAGAAAUUAUUGAAGGAGCUACAUCAACUGUCACUGGCAAAAAUGUGUUGAUGGUAUCUUUGAUAGCUUCAGCGUGUGAAAAAUCUUACAAGAGUGGCAAGCCAAUAACAAUUCACGAACAAAGCAUAACGUUCAAGCCAUCAUUUUAACUUUUUGGUUUGAACUUUAUGAAAAAUAUUAAAAAAUGCACAAUAAUUUUCUUUUUAAGUAUGUUCUUGUUUAUUUGAAACUUUAAGGUUAUAAAAUGCAACUACUAAAAAACAACCACAAACGAUUUGUCACCCCCGUUAAAGAACAAUUAACAAUUACUUAUUUUAUAUGA